ACUGGAUGGGUUGUCAACACCUUGGGUUCACCGAAGUUGUUGAACACUGUUGAACAGUUACAUUGGAUAGGUAGGAACUAGAAGAACACUAGCCCCAGUUCCCGGAGUUGGCUGCCGGGUUGCUACUUUGCCGGUGCUGGAACCCCUUGGCGGUUUCGUCGAACCUGAACUGGAUUUUUUCAUCUCCAAACUUAGGUCGCCCGAAGUACGUUCGUUGGCUUUUCCAAAAGCCGUCUUUGGCGCAUGUGAAACACAUGUGAUAGCUUUGAUCCUUGUGUGACUUCUUGCCGCAGCUGCCUUUUGCUGGACUGCACUUGCGAAUGCUCUCCAUUGGCCAGCCACGAGAGAUGUGCCUGGGAGCUGUCAACGUCCAUGGUCAGACCAUCUGCAACUGCCACGUGCCACCGCAGAAUCACAACAAGGUCGUGACCAAGGUAGAAGAGAAGCUGCCCGAAAAGGCCGACAUCGCUCCAGCGGUGGAGGAGCUCUUGCGCACCGCCGUGGCUGCGACAGCUGAAGCACCCAACCGCGCAGUGAAGAGGCGUGUGCGCCAGCGCUUGCACAAGAAACUGGGGGCAGUUCUCAACAAGGAGGAAUUUGACCGAGCCAUGGAACGCUUCCAUGAUGCAGUCGAGGCACAACGCUUGCAACAGGAGGAGAAUCUUCGUGCGCAGAAGCGAGGCAACUUGGCGGCCCAGCCUGUGGUCAAUCGAGCGGCGGCCGUAAAGCCUUCGCCAGCCUUUGUGGCGGUUCCUGUGGUCAUGGUACCCGCAACUGGGCAGCCUGGAAGGUCUCAGCCGAUGCAAAUGCCGAUGCCACAAGGUUUGCAGCCGGGCUGGAACGUCCCAGUGGUUUGUGCUGUGCAGGACGUGAAGCAGGUCCAAGAGCAUGUGCGUGUCCCUCAAAUGCCGAUGAAGACAGGCCUUGUACCUCCUCAGAAGGCCUUCAACUUCUGUGCUGCUCAGGCACCCAACGGCUUCUAUGCACCCCCGCAGGAGGACUCGGAUGGCGAAUCUAUCGGACAGGGCGUGACUUUCCAACGUGCUCGCUCGGAAGGUGAUUGCGGGACAGGAAGCGAGAUGCCCGGAGAAAACCUGCCCGUGGAGCGGACCUUCAUCCAGUUCAGCACCCAUGGUGACAGCUGCAAGCGCUCGAGGUCUCAGUGAAGCCUGGGCAAGUGUUGUGCGACACCGAAUUGGAUUUUAACCAGCAGCUUGCAGGGAGUGUCUGAAUGGGCCAAGGAUCUUCUUCUGCG